AUGGCAAAUUGGAGAAAAAACCAAGGGAUCAGUAAUCAUCAAGUGGGUCACUGGGGAUCUUCCUCUUAUAACGGAAAACCACCUUUGGAUAAUAGGUUUCCGACAGUUCCAUCAUGGGAAAAGAAGUUUUGUGCUUCGGUUGGCUCAGUUCCGUGGAAAAAAGUAAUAGAAGUAAAGAGGUAUAUGCAUAUGCAUUCCAAUGUGGUAAACUGGGAAGACUCUGCUGUCAAAGAGGCUUUUGACAAUGCAAAAAACAGGUUCUGGGCUGAGAUCAACGGCUUUCACUGCGACAUUCCGUUGCCUGAUCCGAACAUGUACAUCGAUGAUGUAGAUUGGGAUGCAAGUGUUGAUCCUGAACUCUAUCUGGAUUUGGAUAGAGAAUUAGAGGCCAGUCGGAGUAUAUUAGAAAAGAGCCAGGAGACUGUGAUUCUGGGAAGUUCUCUUUUAUUAAAUCAGUCGUUAUCAGGUCCUGGAUGGGGAAUAGAACCUACUGGAUGGGGGGACGAAGAAGAAGUAACAAAGCCUCCUGAACCAAAUCCGGCCUGUGGAUGGGGAUGGGGGACCCAAGAAGAAGUAACAAAGCCUCCCGAACCAAGCUAUGCUGCUAAUGGAUGGGGAUCAAACUACCAUGAAAAUAAUGAAACCAACUCUUGGGAACAGAAUGAUUCUCAAAGGUGGAUUCGGAAGGAGCAAUAUGGCGGUGACUUGCAUGACAAGUAUCAAGCAAGUAACGGUUGGAACAGAAAUUGGGGAGCAUGGGAAGGAAAUAACAGAAGGAGAGAGAAUAACAUAUCAUGGUCUAAGAACCAAGGGUAUCACCAUGAUAAUAAUGAGUAUCGAGGAAGAAGAAAUGGCGGAAGAGGGGGAGGAGGAGGAGGAAGGAGGGGAAACUAUACUUAUGCGCCCAAGGUAGCUGCAACUCCCAGUGCAUGGUAA